CACGUUUGACUGCACACAGUCAACAAUCUCUCCUCGCACGUGGACGCUGGGGAAGUGUCAGCGGCAACAAGUGAGGAAAAUUCAAGAACUUAAAUCACCAUGGAAACAGUUCUUGUUAUUGGAAGUGGUGGUCGAGAACAUGCGUUGUCAUGGAAACUUGCCCAGUCGUCAAGUGUGAAGCAGGUUUUUGUCAGCCCAGGGAAUGCUGGAACUUCUAAGAAUGGGAAAAUAGACAAUGUUGGAAUUAAUGUGAAAGAUUUUGAUACAGUUGCAAAGUUCUGUAAGGAAGAAUCAGUUAGCUUAGUGGUUGUUGGUCCGGAGGAUCCUCUGGCCAAUGGGAUAACUGACCGUCUCACUGAAGCAGGUAUUCCAUGUUUUGGGCCUAGUGCAGCUGCAUCUCAGAUUGAAGCCAGCAAAUAUUUCUCCAAACAGUUCAUGUAUCGCUAUGGCAUUCCCACCGCUAGGUACCAGAGUUUUACAGAUGUUGAAUCAGCUAGUCAACACAUCCAGCAGUCAACAUACCCAGCCCUGGUGGUGAAAGCUAGUGGUCUGGCUGCGGGGAAGGGCGUGAUAGUGGCAGACUCUACAGAGAGGGCGUGUCAAGCUGUCGGGGAAAUUUUACAGAUGAGAAGUUCUACUGUAUUUACUCUAAUGGCUGUUGAACAGGAGAAGAAGUUCGGAGCUGCGGGAGAAACCAUCCUUGUGGAGGAGUUACUAGAGGGGGAGGAGGUGUCUUGUUUGGCGUUCACUGACGGUACUACAGUUGCUAUGAUGCCACCUGCUCAGGAUCACAAAGCAUUGAAUGAGGGAGACAUGGGACCAAACACAGGGGGCAUGGGAGUUGUCUGUCCCUACCCAAAGGUGUCAAAGAUAGAACUGGCCAAGAUAAAGACGAACAUACUACAGAAAGCAGUGGAUGGAAUGAGGGAACGAGGAACACCAUACAAAGGUGUGUUAUAUGCUGGUAUAAUGCUGACUUCAGAAGGUCCAAAGGUGCUCGAGUUUAACUGUAGGUUUGGGGAUCCUGAGGCACAGGCAAUCCUGUCCCUGAUGACCUCUGACCUGUUUGACACCUGUCUGGCUUGCACAAACAGCAGCUUGAGCGAACACUGUCCAGUGUUUGACGGUCAAAGCUGUGUGACUGGAAUUGUAGUGGCCAGUGGAGGCUAUCCAGGAUCCUAUAGGAAAAGGCUGACCAUCACAGGACUGGACCGAGCUGAAUCACACGGCCUAACAGUGUUUCAUGCUGGGACUGCUAGAGAGGAGGACAGGGUGGUAACCAAUGGUGGCCGUGUCCUGGUUGUCAUGGCAACCAGUCAUAACUUUCGUACUGCUUGUAACCUGGCCACUCGAGGUGCCGCGCUGGUGAAGUUUGAUGCGGCAUACUUCAGGAGGGACAUCGGGACCAAGGUGUAUUCAAGUUGUUCCCCAGAAGAGCUAGGGCUGACUUACAAAGAUUCAGGUGUAGAUAUUACAGCAGGCAACUGUCUUGUUGAGGCCAUCAAACCGUUGGCAGCCAUAACAAGUCGGGCUGGCUCCACAGUAAAACUCGGAGGGUUUGGGGCACUUUUUGAUGUGAAGGAGGCAGGAUACACAGAUCCUCUACUGGUUGCUGGCACAGAUGGUGUUGGCACAAAACUCAAGGUUGCCCAGGAGACUGGUUGUCACACUACCAUUGGGAUUGACUUGGUUGCUAUGUGUGUCAAUGAUAUUUUGGCGCAGGGGGCGGAGCCACUAUUUUUCCUUGACUACUUUGCCACGGGACGACUCAAUGUUUCUAGUGCGAAGGAUGUGGUAGCUGGAAUUGCCAAGGGCUGUGUGGAAGCUGGUUGUGCUCUAAUAGGAGGAGAAACAGCAGAGAUGCCGGGGAUGUACCAAGAGGGAAACUAUGAUGUAGCGGGUUUUGCAGUUGGUGCUGUAGAGCGAACAAGUGUCUUGCCACGUCUAAAUGAAAUAUCAUCAGGAGAUGUACUGAUUGGUCUGAAAUCGAGCGGUAUCCAUAGCAACGGUUUCAGCCUCGUAAGGAAAGUGAUAGAGAACCUUGGAAUCUCUCUGGACAUGCCUUCUCCGUUUGUAUCGGGGAGGACUCUUGGAGAAGAGUUGCUGACCCCGACUAAGAUCUAUGUGAGGGAUGUACUGCCCCUGAUGCAAGUGGGUCUAGUGAAAGCCUUUGCCCACAUCACUGGUGGGGGACUGACUGAAAACAUCCCAAGGGUGUUACCUAACGAUCUUUGCGUGACAAUUGAUGCACUCAAAUGGCACAUUCCACCCAUGUUUGGAUGGAUAGCAGACAAGGGUAAUGUGUCUGAGAAAGAAAUGGCAAAGACAUUUAACUGUGGUGUAGGGGCAGUGUUGAUAGUGGACAAGACUCAAGUUGAUACGGUUGUGGAGCGACUAGGAGACCAGGCAUCUGUCAUAGGCUGUGUGCAGGAAUGUAAAGGAGAUGUUAGAGUUAAGAUAGAAAAUUUGAAAAAGAGUUUCAAACAGAGCUGGAAACCGGUGACCGCUCCCAGGAUUUGUAUGAAAGUCGGAGUGCUUAUCUCUGGGUCAGGAACAAAUCUGCAGGCUUUGAUAGACCACACACUGGAACAGAACAACAACAGUUGUGCAGAGAUUGUACUAGUCAUUUCUAACAAGCCUGGUGUCCAAGGACUGGAAAAGGCUCAGCUGGCAGGGAUACCUACACAGGUUAUCAACCACAAAGAUUUUGGAAGUCGUCAGAGCUUUGAUGAGGCAGUCCACAAAUCACUAGUGACAGCCGGUGUCGACAUCGUGUGUCUGGCUGGCUUCAUGAGAAUUCUAACAGGAGAUUUUGUGCGGAAGUGGAAUGGUUGCAUGCUGAACAUCCACCCCUCUCUGUUACCCUCCUUCAAAGGACAUGAUGCGCACCACCAAGUGUUGAAGGCCGACGUUCGGAUUUCAGGCUGCACUGUGCAUUUUGUAGCUGAAGAGAUAGAUUCAGGAGCAAUCCUGGUCCAGGAAUCUGUGCCUGUGUACCCAGAGGACACUGAGGCGACCUUGUCGGCCAGAAUCAAGGUUGUGGAGCACCUUGCCUUCCCAAGGGCCUUGGAACUAGUUGCCAGUGGGCAGGCCAGACUGGGGGAGGAAGGGCGAAUAGUCUGGUGUCAGUGAAAGAGUUUCUGUGGGGGCAGGCCACACUGAGAGAGAUAAGGCGAAUAGUCUUGUGUCAGUGAAAGGAGUGAAUGUGGGGGCAGGCUAGACUGGUAGAGGAAGGGCGAAUAGUCUUGUGUCAGUGAAAGGAGUGAAUGAGGGGGUAGGCUAGACUGGGAGAGGAAGGGCGAAUAAUCUUGUGUCAGUGAAAGGAGUGAAUGUGGGGGCAGGCUAGACUGGUAGAGGAAGGGCGAAUAGUCUGGUGUCAGUGAAAGGAGGGAAUGUGGGGGCAGGUUUGACUGAGAGAGGAAGGGCGAAUAGUCUGGCGUCAGUGAAAGGAGUGAAUGUGGGGGCAGGUUUGACUGGGAGAGGAAGGGCGAAUAGUCUGGUGUCAGUGAAAGGAGUGAAUGAGGGGGUAGGCUAGACUGAGAGAGGAAGGGCGAAUAGUCUGGUGUCAGUGAAAAGAGUGAAUGUGGGGGCAGGUUUGACUGAGAGAGGAAGGGCGAAUAGUCUGGUGUCAGUGAAAAGAGUGAAUGUGGGGGCAGGUUUGACUGAGAGAGGAAGGGCGAAUAGUCUGGUGUCAGUAGAAGGAGUUAAUGUUAAUGCAGGCUAGACUGGGAGAGGAAGGGCGAAUAGUCUGGUGUCAGUGAAAGGAGUGAAUGAGGGGGCAGGCCAGACUAGGAGAGGAAGGACCGAGAGUCUGGUGUCAGUGAAAGGAGUGAAUGUGAUGGCAGGUUAGACUUAAGGGAGGAAGAUUUUGUAGUCUUGUGUCGGUGAAAGGAGAGAAUAUCCAAUAGUUUUAUGUCAGUGGAAGGCUUAUGUCUUAUAUAUCCUCUCCUCUAUUAUUAUAUAUUAUAUAUAGGCAACAGCAGACAGAUGUAACAGGGAUAAACGUCUGUUCUUUUGUUGACAUUCAGCGUUAUUUAGGCAAAUCUUUAUCACAAAAACAGCAGCUCACCUUAAACCAGUGUGAUAAUUACUGUGUUAGACCUGCUGUUAGUGUAGGAUCACAUACAUUGUACCACCUACAGAUGCUAUAACUCAUAAACUUUGCUCUGUCCUGCCAUCCUUGUGAAGUUGUCUCAUUAUAAGAACAAUAGUGCUAAUCCAAAACAACUAUUUCAGAUUUGGUGAGCUCUAUGUAAAUCAAUCUGUCUGUCCGUCCGACCUUAUGUCAAUCAAUCCACUUUUUCGCUUUAGUAUGAUUAAUUGCCUGAGUGUUAUAUUUGUUAAUGCAUUUUUGAGAUUGAAAAUCUAUUGUAAUGAAAUGUAUAUACUGAUAGAUGUAGCAUUAUCAUGUUGUCAUGUUUGACCAUCACAGGUUAGUAAUGUCUGUUAACAGAUAAGAUGUAGCAUUAUCAUGUUGUCAUGUAUGACCAUCCCAGGUUAGUAAUGUCUGUUAACAGAUAAGAUGUAGCAUUAUCAUGUUGUCAUGUUUGACCGCUGUACAUCAUUAUCACAGGUUAGUAAUGUCUGUUAACAGAUAAGAUGGAGCAUUUCAUGUUGUCUUGUUUGACCGCUGUACAUCAUUAUCAUAGGUCAUUAAUGUCUGUCAAACUGGUAAGUCGUCUACAAUAAUUAUAUCAUGUUUAAUUUCAUCAUUGUCGAUUAAGUCUCAGCUUAAUUAUUAUGUCUGUAAAACAGGCAGUCCAUCUUCUGUAACCCAGUAUGUUCCCCGAGUAUGUUUCCAACUGUCAAACAGAAAAGUCGCAUAUAUUAUCUUAUCAUCUUUGAUUAUUGUCCCUCAUAGUUCCAGCUUAUUGUAUCUUUCAAAAAGAUCAGUCGUAUUCCAUAAUCAUAUUUGGCUGUUAUCUAUAUGGAUUAAUUAUAUCUGUCCAACAGAUAAGUCCUAUACCACAAGCAUGUCAUAUUUGACUAUUAUACAUCAUAAUCCCAGCUUAUUGUGUCUGUCAAACAGAAGUUCUAUACCACAAGCAUGUCAUGUUUGACUAUUAUACAUCAUAGCCCAAGCUUAUUGUGUCUGUCAAACAGAAGUUCUAUACCACAAGCAUGUCAUGUUUGACUAUUAUACAUCAUAGCCCAAGCUUAUUGUGUCUGUCAAACAUAAGUUCUAUACCACAAGCAUGUCAUGUUUGACUAUCGUACAUCAUAGUCCCAGCUUAUUGUGUCUGUCAAACAGAAGUUCUAUACCAAAAGCUUGUCAUGUUUGACUAUUAUACAUCAUAAUCCCAGCUUAUUGUGUCUGUCAAACAGAAGUUCUAUACCACAAGCUUGUCAUGUUUGACUAUAGUACAUCAUAGUCCCAGCUUAUUGUGUCUGUCAAACAGAAGUUCUAUACCACAAGCAUGUCAUGUUUGACUAUAGUACAUCAUAGUCCCAGCUUAUUGUGUCUGUCAAACAGAAGUUCUAUACCACAAGCAUGUCAUGUUUGACUAUAGUACAUCAUAGUCCCAGCUUAUUGUGUCUGUCAAACAGAAGUUCUAUACCACAAGCAUGUCAUGUUUGACUAUAGUACAUCAUAGUCCCAGCUUAUUGUGUCUGUCAAACAGAAGUUCUAUACCACAAGCAUGUCAUGUUUGACUAUAGUACAUCAUAGUCCCAGCUUAUUGUGUCUGUCAAACAGAAGUUCUAUACCACAAGCAUGUCAUGUUUGACUAUAGUACAUCAUAGUCCCAGCUUAUUGUGUCUGUCAAACAGAAGUUCUAUACCACAAGCAUGUCAUGUUUGACUAUAGUACAUCAUAGUCCCAGCUUAUUGUGUCUGUCAAACAGAAGUUCUAUACCACAAGCUUGUCAUGUUUGACUAUAGUACAUCAUAGUCCCAGCUUAUUGUGUCUGUCAAACAGAAGUUCUAUACCACAAGCUUGUCAUGUUUGACUAUAGUACAUCAUAGUCCCAGCUUAUUGUGUCUGUCAAACAGAAGUUCUAUACCACAAGCAUGUCAUGUUUGACUAUAGUACAUCAUAGUCCCAGCUUAUUGUGUCUGUCAAACAGAUAAGUCCUAUACCACAAGCAUGUCAUGUUUGUCUAUUGUACGUCAUUGCCCCAGCUUAUUAUGUCUGUCAAACAGAUAAGUCCUAUACCACAAGCAUGUCAUGUUUGACUAUUGUACGUCAUAGCCCCAGAUUAUUGUGUCUGUCAAACAGAUAAGUCCUAUACCACAAGCAUGUCAUGUUUGACUAUAGUUCAUCCUAGUCCCAGCUUAUUGUGUCAGUCAAACAGAAGUUCUAUACCACUAGCAUGUCAUGUUUGUCUAUUGUACGUCAU